AGCCCGCGCACUGGGCAGGAGUUGCUGCUUCUACGGUCGCCCGCGUCUUCAAGGUCUCUGCGCUUCCUCACCGGAGACCCAGAGUCGGCCGCCAUGUCCGCCGCGGAGGAGGUUGAUGGCCUGGGUGUGGUCCGGCCGCACUAUGGCUCUGUCCUGGAUAAUGAGAGGCUCACCGCAGAGGAGAUGGAUGAGAGGAGACGGCAGAACGUGGCGUAUGAGUACCUUUGUCAUUUGGAAGAAGCGAAGAGGUGGAUGGAAGCAUGCCUAGGGGAGGACCUGCCUCCCACCACAGAGCUGGAGGAGGGCCUUAGGAAUGGAGUCUACCUUGCCAAGCUAGGGAACUUCUUCUCUCCCAAAGUUGUGUCCCUGAAGAAAAUCUAUGAUCGAGAGCAGACCAGAUACAAGGCUACCGGCCUCCACUUCAGACACACGGAUAAUGUGAUUCAGUGGCUGAAUGCCAUGGAUGAAAUCGGAUUGCCUAAGAUUUUUUACCCAGAAACCACAGAUAUCUAUGACCGGAAGAACAUGCCAAGAUGCAUCUACUGUAUCCACGCCCUCAGUUUGUACCUGUUCAAACUGGGCCUGGCUCCUCAGAUUCAAGACCUGUAUGGAAAGGUUGAUUUCACAGAAGAAGAAAUCAACAACAUGAAGAUUGAGCUAGAAAAGUAUGGGAUCCAGAUGCCUGCCUUUAGCAAGAUCGGGGGCAUCCUGGCCAAUGAACUCUCAGUGGAUGAGGCUGCGUUACACGCUGCUGUUAUUGCUAUCAAUGAAGCUAUUGACCACAGAGUUGCGGCUGACACAUUUACGGCUCUAAAAAACCCCAAUGCCAUGCUCGUCAAUCUUGAAGAAGCCCUGACUUCCACCUACCAGGAUGUGCUUUACCAGGCCAAGCAGGACAAGAUGACAAAUGCUAAAAACAGGACGGAAAACUCUGACAGAGAAAGGGACGUUUAUGAGGAACUGCUCACACAGGCCGAAAUCCAAGGGAAUGUCAACAAAGUCAACACAUCUUCUGCCCUGGCCAACAUCAGCCUGGCUUUAGAGCAGGGCUGUGCACUGACCCUGCUCAAGGCUCUGCAGGCACCGGCCCUGGGCCUCCGAGGGCUGCAGACCCAGAACAGUGACUGGUACAUGAAACAGCUACAGAGUGAUCUGCAGCAAAAGAGACAGAAUGGCCAGACUGAUCCCCUGCAGAAGGAGGAGGUACAGGCUGGAGUGGAUGCUGCCAACAGUGCUGCCCAGCAAUACCAACGACGGUUGGCAGCAGUGGCAGCAAUCAAUGCUGCGAUCCAGAAGGGCAUCGCCGAGAAGACCGUUUUGGAGCUAAUGAAUCCCGAAGCCCAGCUGCCCCAGGUGUAUCCAUUUGCAGCCGAUCUUUAUCAGAAGGAGUUGGCCACCCUGCAGCAGCAGAGUCCUGAGCAUAGCCUCACCCAUCCUGAGCUCACCGUUGCUGUGGAGAUGCUGUCAUCUGUGGCCCUCAUCAACAGGGCGCUGGAGUCAGGAGACAUGAACACGGUGUGGAGACAGCUGAGCAGCUCAGUCACAGGCCUCACCAACAUUGAGGAAGAGAACUGUCAAAGGUAUCUCGAUGAGUUGGUGAAGCUGAAAGCUCAGGCACAUGCGGAGAAUAAUGAGUUUAUCACAUGGAAUGACAUCCAGGCGUGUGUGGACCACGUGAACCUCGUGGUCCAUGAGGAACAUGAGCGGAUUUUGGCCAUUGGUCUCAUUAAUGAAGCCCUGGACGAAGGGGAUGCCCAGAAGACCCUGCAGGCCUUGCAGAUCCCUGCAGCUAAGCUCGAGGGGGUCCUUCCAGAAGUGGCACAGCAUUACCAAGACACACUGAUCAGAGCAAAGAGAGAAAAGGCCCAGGAAACACAGGAUGAGUCAGCUGUGUUAUGGUUGGAUGAAAUUCAAGGUGGAAUCUGUCAGUCCAACAAAGACACCCAAGAAGCACAGAGGUUUGCCUUAGGAAUCUUUGCCAUCAACGAAGCAGUAGACAGUGGUGAUGUUGGCAGAACCCUGAGUGCCCUUCGUUCUCCCGACGUUGGCUUAUAUGGAGUGAUCCCUGAAUGUGGGGAGACAUACCAGAGUGACCUUACUGAAGCCAAGAAGAAAAGACUAGCAUCAGGAGACAAUAACAGCAAGUGGGUGAAGCACUGGGUGAAAGGCGGGUACUAUUACUACCACAAUCUGGAGACGCAAGCAGGAGGAUGGGCUGAGCCCCCAGACUUUGUACAGAAUUCUGUGCAGCUUUCUCGAGAGGAGAUCCAGAGUUCCAUCUCUGGAGUGACUGCUGCAUAUAACCGAGAGCAGCUUUGGCUGGCCAACGAAGGCUUGAUCACCAAGCUGCAAGCCUGCUGCCGUGGGUACCUCGUUCGACAGGAAUUCCGAUCCCGGAUGAACUUUCUGAAGAAACAAAUCCCCGCCAUCACCUGCAUUCAGUCACAGUGGAGAGGAUACAAACAGAAGAAGGCAUAUCAAGACCGGCUGGCUUACCUGCACUCCCAUAAAGAUGAAGUUGUGAAGAUUCAGUCCCUUGCCAGGAUGCAUCAAGCUAGAAAGCGCUAUAGAGAUCGCCUGCAGUACUUCCGAGACCAUAUAAACGACAUUAUCAAAAUCCAGGCGUUCAUUCGGGCGAACAAAGCUCGUGACGACUACAAGACUCUCAUCAAUGCUGAGGAUCCGCCUAUGAUUGUGGUCCGAAAGUUUGUCCACCUCCUGGACCAAAGCGAUCAGGACUUUCAGGAGGAACUUGAUCUCAUGAAGAUGCGGGAGGAGGUCAUCACCCUCAUCCGUUCCAACCAGCAGCUGGAGAAUGACCUGAAUCUCAUGGAUAUCAAAAUCGGACUGCUAGUGAAGAACAAGAUCACACUGCAGGAUGUGGUUUCCCACAGUAAAAAACUUACCAAAAAAAAUAAGGAACAGCUGUCGGACAUGAUGAUGAUAAACAAGCAGAAAGGCGGGCUCAAGGCUCUGAGCAAGGAGAAGAGGGAGAAGCUGGAGGCCUAUCAACACCUCUUCUACCUGCUGCAGACCAACCCUACCUAUCUGGCCAAGCUGAUCUUUCAGAUGCCACAGAACAAGUCCACCAAGUUCAUGGACUCAGUGAUCUUCACGCUGUACAACUACGCAUCCAACCAGCGGGAAGAGUACCUGCUGCUGCGUCUCUUCCAGACGGCACUCCAGGAGGAGAUCAAGUCAAAGGUGGAUCAGAUUCAAGAAAUCGUGACAGGAAACCCUACGGUUAUUAAGAUGGUUGUAAGUUUCAACCGUGGUGCCCGGGGCCAGAAUGCCCUCAGGCAGAUCUUGGCCCCUGUUGUGAAGGAAAUUAUGGAUGACAAGUCUCUCAACAUCAAAACGGACCCUGUGGAUAUUUAUAAGUCUUGGGUUAAUCAGAUGGAGUCUCAGACUGGAGAGGCGAGCAAACUGCCCUAUGAUGUGACCCCUGAACAAGCCUUGUCUCAUGAAGAAGUGAAGACAAGGCUAGACAACUCCAUCAGGAACAUGAGGGCUGUGACAGACAAGUUCCUGUCAGCCAUUGUCAGCUCUGUGGACAAAAUCCCUUAUGGGAUGCGUUUCAUUGCUAAAGUGCUGAAGGACUCGCUGCAUGAGAAGUUCCCUGAUGCCGGUGAGGACGAGCUGCUGAAGAUUAUUGGUAACUUGCUUUACUACCGGUAUAUGAAUCCAGCCAUUGUUGCUCCUGACGCCUUCGACAUCAUAGACCUGUCGGCAGGGGGCCAGCUCACCACAGACCAGCGCAGAAAUCUGGGCUCCAUUGCAAAGAUGCUCCAGCACGCGGCUUCCAACAAGAUGUUUCUGGGCGAUAAUGCCCACUUAAGCAUCAUUAACGAGUACCUCUCUCAGUCCUACCAGAAAUUCAGACGGUUUUUCCAGACCGCUUGUGACGUCCCAGAGCUGCAGGAUAAAUUUAAUGUGGAUGAGUAUUCUGACCUAGUCACCCUCACCAAGCCAGUUAUCUAUAUCUCCAUUGGCGAGAUCAUCAACACCCACACCCUGCUGUUGGACCAUCAGGACGCCAUUGCUCCAGAGCACAAUGACCCCAUCCACGAACUGCUGGACGACCUCGGGGAGGUGCCCACCAUCGAGUCCCUUAUAGGAGAAGGCUGUGGCAACUCAAACGACCCCAACAAGGAGGCGCUGGCCAAGACGGAAGUGUCUCUCACAUUGACCAACAAGUUUGACGUGCCUGGUGAUGAGAACGCAGAGAUGGAUGCUCGGACCAUCUUACUGAAUACAAAGCGUUUAAUUGUGGAUGUCAUCCGGUUCCAGCCAGGAGAGACCUUGACUGAAAUCCUAGAAACCCCAGCCACCAACGAACAGGAAGCUGAACAUCAGAGGGCCAUGCAGAGACGGGCUAUCCGAGAUGCCAAAACCCCUGACAAGAUGAAAAAAUCAAAGCCCAUGAAGGAGGAUAACAACCUCAGCCUCCAGGAGAAGAAAGAAAAGAUCCAGACUGGCCUAAAGAAGCUAACAGAGCUUGGGACGGUGGACCCAAAGAACAGAUACCAGGAACUCAUCAACGACAUUGCCAAGGAUAUCCGGAAUCAGCGGAGAUACAGGCAGAGGAGGAAAGCUGAAUUGGUAAAGCUGCAACAGACGUACUCGGCGCUGAACUCUAAGGCCACCUUUUAUGGAGAACAGGUGGAUUACUACAAGAGCUAUAUCAAAACCUGCUUGGAUAACUUGGCCAGCAAGGGCAAGGUCUCCAAAAAGCCUAGGGAAAUGAAAGGCAAGAAAAGCAAAAAGAUUUCUCUGAAAUACACAGCAGCAAGACUGCAUGAGAAGGGAGUUCUUCUGGAAAUUGAGGACCUUCAAGCAAACCAAUUUAAAAAUGUUAUCUUCGAAAUUGGUCCAACAGAAGAAGUUGGAGACUUUGAAGUGAAGGCCAAGUUCAUGGGAGUUCAGAUGGAGACUUUCAUGUUACAUUAUCAGGAUUUGCUGCAGCUACAGUAUGAAGGGGUUGCGGUCAUGAAAUUAUUUGAUAGAGCUAAAGUGAAUGUCAACCUCCUGAUCUUCCUUCUCAACAAAAAAUUCUAUGGGAAGUAAUGGGUCAUUUGCCACCCGGAAGAAUUAAAAAAGGCAACGCCUCACAGCUGUCUUUCUAGGAUCCUCUAUUAUCCCUUGGAAGCAAGGGCCGGGUCCAGCGGCGCCUCAGUUCACACUCCUGAAGUCCGGGUUUAAGUCCCCUCCCUCUGACAGGACAUCAGUGCCCUCUCCCCUCUCCUAGUGAAGCCAUAUGCCUGGCUUCUCCUCAGCCCUGCUCCCCUCAUUUUCUCUCAUCAUGUAGGAAACAGUGGAACCCCACCCAACCCCCCUCUCUUAAAGCCUCCUAAGUGGUCAUUACCACUUUGUAAACAUUGGUGUUUGUUUUACUUAGCAAUAAGAAUAGUGGAAUUCACACUCUUGUUGAGAAGUGAAAGCUGUCAGGUUGAUAGCAUGCAUGCACUCCAGAUUCACCGUAAGUGUGGCCCAUCGGCACAGUCAGAGGAUGAAGGCUAUGAAGUCCUGGGUCUGAUGCCUUUGUGGGUGGAGCUAAUCCAGUUACUGUUCUCUGUUCUAAUGAAGCAGCUUCAGGAGAAAAAGAACAGCUACUUUUGAAUUCUCCACUGAAUCUAGGCAGUGCUGUUAGCGCAGAGCCCUUCCUGGUGAAGGUGAACCCCGUGGUCAGAGACGGCCAUUUAGAGACUGAGUGGGUGGGGCACUCACCAUCCCUCUCACAAGGGGAUGGCUUACCCUAGCUCAAAAUGUAACUCUUUCUAAACUGUAUUCCAAGCGUGCCUUACCAAAGUAUAAACUUAUUUCUUAAAAUGUGAGUGAUAGGAAUUUUAAAGAUUUAUAUAAUGCUUUAGAAUACUCUUGAGAAAGUUUUUUUUUUUUUUUUUUAAUAAUUUGGUUAAUCUGUAUAUCUGAAUUCUUGAAGCUUUCCUCUAGCCUACAGUAGGGUCUGUCUACAGAGUUGCUGAGCUAAUCCUGCUUGAUUUUAGCAACAAGAAACAACAUCAUGCUUAAAGUUCAGAUCCAUCCCCUCUCUGGAUGCUGCCCACAUCAUGCUUUUACCCUGAGAAACCUGGACCCUUAGGCUCUAACAAAGACAAUUCAGCUCCGGAUGUUGAAUUUGGAACCUUUGUCCUUGGAUUAAAAGUCAUAAACUUAAAAAAAAAUCUCUUUAUUCAAAAAGAUAGGUAAAUCAUGCUACUGAGCCCUUGAUGUCUUUGAUGUUUGGUUCGGUAUUCUUGCAUAAAACAUAAAAAUUAAACUAACAUUGCAGAGUCUACUGAUGUAUAUUGAAGGCAAAUAAGCUGUUUUAAUUAGUGACAAAUUGUGUGGUUUGUCCCUAUUACAAAUGUAAAUCUUGGAGACGUGUCCUUCAUGAUGUCCACAUGUGCAGGCCAGGGUGAGUGGAUGCAGGUAGAGGCAGGAGCCGAGAAAGGAUCUGACACCACAUUGACAUUGAGUGUUGGAACAUAGUUUCCUGAGAAAACAUCUUCAAGGCUGGCAUGGUAGUAGAUAGCUAUAAUCUGAGCAUUCAGAGGCUGGGGAAGAAAGAUCAAAAGAUCACUAAGUCGAGGCCAGCCUGGACUACAUAACCCCAUCCUGUCUCUAAAAAAGAGAGAGAAAGAAAGAGGAAAAAAGAAAAAGAUCCUGUUACAACCAGCAUCACUUCAAAAACAAGGUUAACAGAUGUGUCAAGUGUGUCUUUUUUUUUUUUUUUUUUUUUAAAGACAGAGGAAAUGGGGUGGGUCUCUGUCGCCUUGGCUGUCCUAGAACUCAGUGUAGAUCACACUGGUCUAGAACUCACCAAGAUCUGCCUGCCCCGGUCUCUUGAGUGCUGUGACUAAAGAUAUGAGCCACUAUACCUGGCUUUCAAGUAUGUUUUCUUAAAAAGGAUGCCAUCACAAAUGUCCCAGGGGCCACCUGCAAGACAGUAGUGAAUCCAGGUUACAGCGCCUUCAGAUGCCUCAAUUACCUGGAAGGAUGCUCCUUCCCUGAAUACCCAGUAAAACUGUGCCACAUGCCCUUGGAAGAUCUUCACGACUGCCAUGGGAUCCUGCUUAGGCAGCACCGUGGUCCCCUCGUGAGCCUCAGGUCGGCACACUGAAGAAGGCGUGCCGCGCUUGUGUUAUUUAUCAGCUGCAGCCGUCUCUGUCUUGGCUCUCACCUCCUCUGACCUUCUCUCUGACCAGCCGUCGUGACAUUUACUAUGAAUUUACUUCCUCCCAAGAAUCUGGACUGGCCGUCAGACUGUGGCUACACACAAUGCCUUUGUAUCUUCGUAUGAAAUAAAAGGUCAUUUGUUCCUGUUUGUGUUUA